UUCAAAAAAUACAGACCCCACUUAAGCUUCUCUCACCAGUCCUCACAACUUAAAACCUUCCAUUGAUUCAACUUAAACUUAUUCCUCCUCCCUCCCUCCCUCUCUGUCUCUAAUAUGGUAAAGAAAAACAAAUUUCCGUUUCUGUUCAAAGGCACCACCGCCUCCGCCGUGGCCUCGCCGUGGCCAUGCGCCAACAGCCCCAAGACUCUCUCCUUCCGCGCCAACGCCGAUACAAACCUCUACAAAACCAUCAACUCCGCCUAUCUCGACGGCAACGCCUUCCCGGACUCCUUCUUCAGCAUCCGCCGCGACGAAUCCGCCGUGAUCGGAGGCCUCCGAUCCGAUCGCCUCUUCUUCGAUCCAGGCGAGACGAGCUCGAUCCUGGCGGAGGCGUUCCCCUACGGCGAGCGCGUGAGAGUGAUGGCGAUGGAUUCGAACGAUCCGUUCCUGGAUUUCAGAUCUUCGAUGGCGGAGAUGGUGGAGGCGCACGGCCUCAAGAGCUGGGGAUGCCUCGAGGAGCUGCUGACGUGUUACCUCAGAGUCAACGAGAAAGCCAAUCACGGCUACAUCGUCGGAGCAUUCGUCGAUUUGCUGAUUCACCUCUCUCUCCGGGAGGCCUCGGAAACCGACGACCAAUGCUCCGCGCAUUACUCCUUCACGUCGCCUCUCUCCUUCUCUUCCUCCACCGCCACGUAUUCGUCGAUCAGUCCUGCGCUGGAAAACGACGACGAAGUCUCCGCCCCCGACGCCUCAUCGGAAUGUUUUUCCGAUCAGAAUAUAGUCGCGUCAAGUUAGCUUUAGUUUUAGUUUAGAGAGAGGGAGAGAUUGCAAACCCUCAAGAUUACACGACUGUGUUUAAUGUAAUAUUAGUAUUAAUUAAUUUCUGAAAUUGAGAUUAAGAUCUUCUGCAAUUUUGUAAUUAGGGGUAUUUUGUUUUGCAAUUUGCAUUGGAUGAUUUGAAAUCCAAUUUCAAUGAACGGAAAUUUAUCGUUUUGAAA